AUGGCUCCAGCAGUCCCCCGAUUACGCAUUCUGUCAGUGGGCGGUAAUGCCGUAUCGGCCUUUUUGUCAUGGCGACUGCAAGCAACAAAUGCCUGCGACGUCACCCUCGUAUGGAAGUCGGGAUACGAGAGCGUUGCCCAGUACGGCAUAUCAUUCAAAUCCGCACUUUACGGCAACGAGCGAUUCAAGCCCCAUGCUGUCGUCCGCACCCCCGAAGAUGCCGCCCAUUCUUCCAAGCAGCCUUUUGACUACGUCCUCCUUUGCGUAAAGGCCCUGCCUGAUGUAUACGAUAUCGCCAACAUCAUCGAGUCGGUCGUCUCUCCUCAGCAUACGUGCAUCCUUAUGAACACUACACACAGUCUUGGCGUGGAAUCAUAUCUCGAGCAGCGUUUCCCCACAAACGUAGUGCUUUCAUUGGUAUCUGGAGCAGAAAUUUCCCAGCUCGGAGCUAGCGAAUUUGAACACAAAGGCGCGACCGAUAUCUGGGUUGGUCCUGCCAACAAGAACGCCAAUAUUCCGCCGCAGAUCCAGUCAGACAUGGCUGAGGCCCUGGCCAUGACGUUGAGCUCCGGACAGGUCGACUGCAAAGUCUCCUCCAACAUACGACAACAGCAGUACGAGCGAAUGAUAGGUCCAAUCGCUUUCCACCCUGCCAGUGUCAUGUUCGAAACACCCAACCACGCUGAACUGAUGGAGAAAGUCGGCGUACGCGCCAUCGUCACCGGAGUGCUCGACGAAAUGCUCGCGCUCGCAAAAGCCUCAGACUGCACAUUUCCCGCCGACUUCCGGGAAACAACGCUUCAAGAGUUCACCCGUCCGCAAGAAAACAACAGCACAAUGUGGAUGGACUUUGAGGCGAAGCGACCUAUGGAAAUAGAGACGUAUCUCGGAUCCCCUUUGAAGCUUGCACAAGAAGCCAGUGUCGCCGUGCCUCGGAUCGAGACGUUGUAUGCCGCACUUCAUCACCUCAACAUCGUCAAUCGAACCCGCCCAGCUGCUCCAGCCCUCACUGCACAAUCUCCUCAAAAUGGCAUGCAACCGCCUCCCAGACAGUCUUCAGCGCCAAUGCCUCGUGGACCCCCUGUUCAAGGGCCCAUGAUGAACGGCAACGGGCCCAUGAAAGGCGGCCCUCGCCCGGGCAGCCGUGCUCCUUCCAUCAACGGAGGUCCUCCAAUGAUGCGUCGCGGCCCUCCCCCAGGCCCUAACGGCUAUCCCCCAAGGAUGAACGGAGCUCCUAACGGCCAACGGCGCCCCUCCUUCGAGGAAGGCGGCAAUCUGGAAGAGUUUUCGCAUCUGAUGCUCUACGAUGACAUGGUUCCGGACGGUGCUGUAAACGGUGGUCCUUAUGAGAGCGCCGGAAACUCUUCUAACAACCUGUCACUCCGCGAGAGGGAACUGAUGCUGAGACAGAGAGAACUGCAAAUCAGAGAACAGGAGAUGAACAUGCGACGUGGACCUGGAGGUCCAAUGGGUCCCGGUGGCCCUGGCCCUAUGGGUCCCCCGAUGGGGCCCAUGGGUCGUGGUCGGGGACGACCUCCGCCACCCCCAUCAAUGGGUGGUUUCGAUGACGAUGACGACGAUGGCGAUGACUUCUUUGAUCCCAUGGGAGGUCGCGGAGGCCCGAUGAUCGAUCCUGACAACUUUGACAUGAUGAGCGUAACUUCACGUCGCAAUCGCUCAGCACCCAGUGCUAAGCAGAUUCGUAGCAACCCUGAAGGCGCAAGCUUCGCUCCUGGACCAAACAGAGGAGGACGGAACCCGUUCUCGCGCCCAGGAAUGAAUAAGAAUCGGAGUAGUGCUCGGUUGAUGGCAGAUGUUCCUGGUCUCCACGACUCGAUCAUGAACAACCCCCUCAUGGGUUACUCAUCAGACCGUUACGGACACGUCGAUCGCGGCGCUAUGGGCGCGCAAUCCAGAACUAACUCACUGACAUCCGCUCGUUUAGAUGAGAUUUCAGGUGGCGCAGGCUACGGUGCUUACCCUACGCCAAACAGCCGCCGUAUGAGCCAGUCACCUGGCAACCCUCUCAGCCCGGGCCCGCGACCCAUGGGCCGACCAUCACCGCCAAACGGUUUCAAUGGCAUGCCUCCGAAUGGUAUGCCCCCGAAUGGCAUGCCUCCAAACGGAAUGCCUCCCAACGGGCGGCCAUCGCCCCCUGGUAUGAGACAGCCUGUGCCACGACACCCUCCUGGCCAAGGAAACGCGGUGGCGCCACAACAGGUUGAACAACACGCUGGGGUGAGCAAUCUCUACCCGCCCAAGUCUCGUCCCCAAGUUCGCAGUCUGACUGGAAGCGCUUCAAAUAGUUCCGCUAGCGCAAAAGCUGUAGAUUCGACGGAAAACUCUGCACACAGCAGCCAAAGCAGCCUUGGACCUCGUCCUCCGGUCGCAGUUCAGCAACAGGGAUAA